AGUCACUGGACAACACGGACAAUAUGUAUCGCACAGCAUUGCGUUCGCUGUGGGCGCUGAAACGUAGCUUCUGCACCUGGUCGAAAGAGAUUGCCACUCGUCUCUUCACAUCCAUUGUACGACCGGUGCUAGAAUACGGCUCACCCGCCUACUGUCCGUUGACGAAAGGCGAGAUACACAAGCUCGAAAGAGUACAACACAUAGCCACACGGCUCAUUCCCGGCCUUCAGGGUGUGCCGUAUGAAGAAAGAUGCAGACAAUUGGGUCUGUAUACUCUAGCCUACCGCCGCGUGCGAGUGGACCUCAUCAUGACCCAUCGGGUAUUGCAUCUGGGUGCUUAUCCGAUGCUGAGGCCACUGCUCCAUGUCCGUGCGUCAAGCAGC